AUAUCACUAGAACCUAGAAUUAACAUAUAGGAGACCUACAUAGAAAGAAAGUGUCAAACAUUGUUGAAGAUGUCUGAGGCCAUCUAUGCUGAGCCAGAUAGGACCAAGAAGAAAACAGUGUUGGAGAUGUCUGAUGCCAUCUAUGCUGAGCCAGAUAUGACCGAGAAGAGAAAAUUGUUAACGAUGUCUGAGGACAUCUACGCUGAGCCAGAUAUGACCAAGAAGAAAACAUUGUUAACGAUGUCUGAGGACAUCUAUGCUGAGCCAGAUAAGACCAAGAGGUUUGACAGAGAUGAGAUGGAGGAGAGGAUUGUUGAUAUCUACGUCAGUGCAAACACCCUGAGAGAAGGUGAGACCAGCACCAAGAGAGAAGAGACAGCAGACACUGCUCCUAAUAAUGGACCAGGAGACCAGCACUCAGAGCCUGAUAGCUCAGGGAAGAGACCCUUCCUAGUUGCUGCAGUCUGUCUGGGGCUGAUAUGUGUUCUCCUACUGGCUGGGAUCAUAGGCCUGUCUGUCUACUGUGAGUUUGUUUCAUAUCAGCUACAGACCAGUUACAACAACCUGACUAAAGAGAGAGACCAGUUACAGACCAGCUACAACAACCUGACUAAAGAGAGAGACCAGUUACAGACCAGCUACAACAACCUGACUGCAGAGAGAGACCAGUUACAGACCAGUUACAACAACCUGACUGAAGAGAUAGACCAGUUACAGACCAGUUACAACAACCUGACUGCAGAGAGAGACCAGUUACAGACCAGUUACAACAACCUGACUAAAGAGAGAGACCAGCUACAGACCAGUUACAACAACCUGACUAAAGAGAGAGACCAGUUACAGACCAGUUACAACAACCUGACUAAAGAGAGAGACCAGCUACAGACUAGUUACAACAACCGGACUAAAGAGAGAGACCAGUUACAGACCAGUUACAACAACCUGACUAAAGAGAGAGACCAGUUACAGACCAGCUACAAGAACCUGACUGCAGAGAGAGACCAAUUACAGACCAGUAACAACAAUCAGACUAAAGAGAGAGACCAGUUACAGACCAGUUACAACAACCUGACUAAAGAGAGAGACCAGUUACAGACCAGCUACAAGAACCUGACUGCAGAGAGAGACCAAUUACAGACCAGUAACAACAAUCAGACUAAAGAGAGAGACCACUUACAGACCAAUUACAACAACCUGACUAAAGAACGAGACCAGAAAGGCAACAAUGUGGUACUCAUGUGUACGCUGCAUAGGGAUGGGAGAAUCUGUGGCCAGGAACAUCAAAAACCAGAAAUCAUAAUGGAUUACAAUGCCUCAAAAGGAGGGGUGGACAAUUUAGACAAGCUGGUGACUGGCUACAGCUGCAAAAGAUGA